AAUUCCCUGAGAUUGAAUGCUAUUGCUCCGGCACCAAAACCCUAAACCCUAACACGGCGCCAUAUUUCAAAGUCUGUUGCUCCUUCACUCGCUCCACCCAUCACCGCCUCAAGGCCACGAAAAGGAAUUCAGAGUUCAGGACCCCGCGACGCGACAAUUCCCAGUAAAUUCCCCAAGAACACAACUUCACGAUGGCGGGAACCUCAAUUUCAUCUCAGCUAAAGGCAAUAAAAGACGUGCUGAACGUAUCCACCGAUCCUGAACCUGGUAGGCGGCGGCCGUUAACCCGACCUUCAGUUCUGUUCGAUGCCAAAACAGCUGCCGAUAUCGACCUUGACACCAUCCUCAACAUCGCCCUAUCUGGGUUGGAGGUCCUUAUAAAUAUGGAGGAGCGUUUUAGGAAUUACAAGAAUGAUUUAUUCAGUUAUCAGAGUAAGGAGCUCGAUAGGGAGUUGGUUGGCCAAGAAGAAAACAACCGAAUUAAUGCAUCCAUUAGCUCGUAUUUGCGACUAUUGUCGGGAUAUCUUGAGUCACAUUCUUCCUUGAAGACAUUGGAAUAUUUAAUUCGCAGAUACAAGGUUCACGUGUACAAUGCAGAAGACCUGAUUUUAUGUGCACUGCCGUACCAUGACACACAUGUAUUUGUUCAAAUAGUUCAGUUAAUUAACACAGGUAACAACAGAUGGAAGUUUCUUGAUGGAGUUAAAACAUCAGGUGCACGGCCACCUAGGGAGGUUAUUGUGCAACAGUGUAUCCGAGAUUUGGGGGUCUUGGAGGCUAUUUGUAAUUAUGCUACACCUGUGAAAAAGAUUCAACCGUCAAAGCAUGUGAUUGGAUUCUGCACAGCAGUCAUUUUUGAGGUUUUGGGGCUUGUUACCAUUGACAAUAAUAUUGUGAAGAGGAUUCUUCCGUAUGUGAAUUCCGGGCUGCAACCUGGUGCCAGAGGACUAAACCAGAAGGCUGGGGCUCUCAUGAUUGUGAGUUUACUAGCACAAAAGGCAGCUUUGGGACCUAAUGUUGUCAAAAGCUUGUUGCAUUCAGUGGCUGACAUAGCUAGGGUGGAAGCAAAAGAAAGAGGUGACUUACAAUGGUUGCGCAUGUCAUUUAUGACUGUAAUCACCAUUGUUCAGCUUCAAUCUGUGGAAAUAAUCCCCAAGAAGACUAUGGAUGUUUUAAGUGAUAUCAGGGAUAUUUCAGGGAUCCUUUCAGGCUUGACAAAGGACUUCAACAUUGAUAAGUUCUUAGCUGUAUUUCUGGACUCCUUACUAGAGUACAGUGCUUCCGAUGAUCUGUGCCAUCGGACUCUAUUAUCAAUAAUAGAGACUGUUCCUGUUAAGGUCUAUGUUAAUAGAAUAGUCUCUCGACUUCUUAGUAUGAGCAUGAAGAUACCGCAGGGCAAGGUUAAUUCUGUCUCGUCUGAAUCAGGGAACCACGGCAAACAGAUUCUGGUUUCUAUCUGUGAGAAGUAUCCAAAUGAAUCGAGGGGAGCCUUCUAUAAUUUCUUGAAGGAUGCGAAGUUGCAGUCCAAGAAAGUCAGUUCAGGCUAUGAUUUACUUUGCAAGAUUGUAGAUGAACAUUUGGACUCAUCACAAGAAAUAUCCAAUCCAAAAGUACUUUUUGCUCUCGAACAUUCAGAGGCCGAGAUCCGAAGGUCAGCAGUCUUGGGCUUGGAUGUUGUCAACAUUCUGAGGCAGAAAGCUACUGGCUCGAAGAAGUUUGAUGCCAUUCAAGAUGCACUGUUUCGCCGGCUCUAUGAUGAUGACCUAAAUGUUGUCCUGGCAGUUCUGGAAUUGAAGAAUUUGUCCGAAAUAUUAAGUUCAGCACAUCUUAUUGAAGCAGUCAAAUAUGUGCUUCAAAGAUGUAUUGAAACUUUGUUGUCAGGUCCAUUAACAAACACAUCUCCCAUGGGUAAUGCUGCUUUAUCGUGCCUGCAACAAGUUAUAAAAAACUUCAAAGAUCAGGAAGAAUAUGUGAUGAUAUUAGCAACAACAAUCUUUCCAUUACUUUUAAUUCGACCUAAGACUCAGAGAUUGAACUUGAAGGCUUUAGAAUUGGCUAAAGAAUUAAAAUGGCCUUUAUAUGAGAGCCUUGUUCUUCUUCCAGGAUCGGAGAAGAAAUUGGAUCUCGGACGUAUAUCUUCAAUUAAUAUUGAGAAUAUCAAUAGGUUAGCAGAGAUGUUCUCAUUGAGUCCUGAGGAAUACAUGCCUUGGCUUGUUAAGUGCUGCGACUCCCAUGAGCUUUCAAGGACAUUAUUCUUCUUGGUUUUAUUGCAGUCACUGAAGGUGUUGAAAAUGGGUGUUGGACAAUUUUCUGCGUUCCUUGAUUCUUGUCUUCCAAUUCUAAAAAAUGAAUGGGAAAUGCUAGAGUCUAUGGGGAUAUCUGCAGAGCAGUCCAAGAAAAGGAUCAUGGACAGUGACUGCAGAGGAAUCCUAGAUGAUCUUGGCAUUAACGUCAAAGACCUCAAUGCUGAGAUUCUAUCUUGCUUGUUUUUGAGAUUAUCAGAAGCUUUUAUUGCAGCGGCAUCUGAGGAUGUGUCUUUGGACAUGAAGGGUGUGUGGGAAUGUAAGCUUCAGGAGCUAUUUUUAUUCUUUGCAUGCCACUCUAAAGAUGCUUUUAGGAAACAUCUGGAGUACCUGUUUAUGAAGUGCAAGUCCUCUCUGGCGCGAAUAAUGUUGAAACUAUUUACAGAAGAAGGUUUAGCUAUUUUUCUUCAGUCUUUCUCGCAUAUAUGUUCUCAGUUAGAUGAGAGUUCAGCCGGUCAAUUCCUUGCAGAUUUCCCUUCUGUUCUCAUUCCACUUUCGAGUGAUAACCAGAAUGUGCGCGCGGCUGCCAUGAGCUGCAUCGAGGAGCUAUUUGCAUUGUGGUCCCGUAUUAGUAGGAAUGGCAACAACAGGACCUGGUUGCAUUUUCUUGGGGAGCUGUUAUGCUUAAUUAUUCAGCAGAAGAAGAUAUUGUUAUCGGACAGAGAGAUUCUUGCUUCUUUCUUCUCAUCUCUGCUUGGUUCAUCAUCUGAUAGCCUUUUGGUUCAAGAUGCUAUAGGAAAGAGAUUUGAUGUAUCUACCAAAGAUGACAUCUUGGUUUUCAUGGUUGGCCACGCUCUUGGACUUUCGUCUCAUGCAAAGCUGAAGAUUCUUUCUUUGAUCAAAGGCAUGGGAAGUAAACUCAUGUCUAUUUCUGGGGUGAGGUCAUUAUUAAAUGAUCUUUUGGAAAGUCGUCGUCAAUAUUAUCUUUCAGAUGGCAAAUUAUGCCACAGGUUGUCACAAAAUGAAGUUGACAUAUUGUGCCUUCUGCUGGAGAGCUGUACUAGACCUGCUUCAUCUCAUGAAGUGCAUGACUGUGGGGAAUUCAUAUUAAAAGCUUUACAGGUAAAUGGUGCUGAAGACUCUUCAAUUGUGGAACCAUGUAUGACAGUUUUGCGAAAUCUUAGCAGUUCCCUCUAUGGAGAUAUGAAGACUGAAACUCAGGAACACAUAUUUCGAAAUCUUUUGAUUCUAUUUAGGAGUGCCAAUGGUGAUAUACAGAAUUCCACUAGAGAUGCCUUGUUACGAAUAAAUCUGGAUUGUUCAAUUGUUGGACGGGUUCUUGAUUCCAUUUUGGAUCAGAAGAUUUAUUCAGUUGGUUCAUCACAUAGGAAGAAGCAAAAGAAACAAGUCAAACUCCAGGAUCCUGAUCAAUCCAAUUAUGCAACCCCAAAAACAGAAAGCACGCUAUCUAUGUUGACUGCUUUUCUUGAUGUGUUGCUAAUGAAGAAAAAUAUAGAUAACAGAACCUCACUUGUUGGUCCCUUAUUUAAGCUGCUCCACCUGAUAUUUACAAAUAAUGAGUGGAUGCUUAAAGCUGCAGACCAGGAUAAAGUGUCUAUAGUUUCAUCUGGUACUCCUCAGACUGUUCCCGAUGCUGCAUCUUAUGUUCAGCAGUCUCUACUAUUGACUUUGGAAGAUAUUAGUACUUCCAUUGGAAAUGAUAUUCCAUAUAAGGAUAUCGUUCACCAUUUUGACUUGCCAUUAUUAGUCAGAUGUGCCCGUACCUCAGGCAAUGCUAUUACCCGCAAUCAUGUGUUCUCAUUAAUAACUACUCUUGUAAAGAUCGUACCUGACAAAGUCUUGGACCAAAUUUUAGAUAUUCUUUCUGCCAUUGGCGAGUCUACUGUAACACAGUGGGAUAGCCAUUCACAGUGUGUGUUUGAAGGCCUUAUAUCAGCAGUUAUACCAUGCUGGUUAUCAAGGACCAAGAAUACAGAACAAUUACUACAGAUUUUUGUGGAUUUAUUGCCGCAAGUUGCAGAACAUAGAAGAUUUUCCAUCAUUGCACACAUAUUAAGGACUUUAGGUGAGGCUGAAAGUUUGGGUUCACUGCUCUUUCUCCUUUUCCACUCAUUGAUCUCAAGAAAGAGCUUACGUAGUCUCCUUGUUAGUGAGCAGUCAUUGGAUAACUUGACUCUUGUCAUCAGUAAGCAGUGGGAGUAUGAAUUUGCAUUGCAGCUCUAUGAGCAGUACUCGUGCACAAUUUGGCUUCCUUCUCUCAUCUUAGCACUUCAGAAGAUCGGAAGUAAUGGUUUAAGUGAAGACACAUUUAUGCAAAUGCUGGUUGCAAUGCAGUUUGUUGCUAAUAAGCUGCGUGAUCCUGAGAUAUCUUACAAGCUUGAGACAGAUGAAGAUUUAAGUAAUAUUCAGAGUAUGGUUGCUGAACUUAUGGAGCAAGUUGUAUACCAUCUGCGACUGGUUGACUUAAAAAAGAAGCAUAUUGGUGUUCCAGCUAUGGUCAAGAAUGAGCUGAAAGAGUACAUCCGUGAUAUUCUAAAAACUCUUACAACGGACCUUUUACCAUCAACCUAUUUCACAAUCAUGGUUAAGCUGAUUCGCAAUGUGGAUAAAAACGUGAGGAAGAAGGCUCUUGGGCUUUUGUGUGAGACUGUGAAGGACUUGGGUACGAAUGCAAAGCUUGUGAAGAAGGGUUCAAGUUCAAGCUUUAGAAGCUUAUGGCUGAAUCUGAAUGAGACUUCUCUGGGAUCGUUUGAUAACUUAUGCUUGGAAAUAUUGACAUUACUCGAUGCAUCUGAUGAUGACUCUAGUACUUCACUGAAUCUGGCUGCAAUAUCAGCAUUGGAAGUUUUAGCUAACAGGUUCCCUUCACAUGAUAGGGUCUAUAGUGUGUGCCUUGGAUCUGUGUGUAAAAGAAUCUGUUCAGACAAUUCUUCUCUCUCUAGUCAUUGCCUUCGCGCCACUGGUGCUUUAGUUAAUGCACUUGGGCCAAGGGCACUGCCCGAACUUUCUAAGGUUAUGGAAUGUCUGCUGAGAAGAUCUCGUGAUAUUUCUUCCAUGGCUGUAGAAACCAAGAGGACAGUCAACGGUGCUACUGGUUCUUCAAAUUCAGUGGAGUCCCUGUUCAUGUCUAUUCUACUAACCUUGGAGGCAGUUGUGAAUAAGCUUGCUGGAUUUCUAAAUCCUUAUCUGGCAGAUAUUUUAAGACUAGUUGUGUUGCAUCCCUUAUUGUUCUCUUCCUACGAGCUAAAGCUGAAGCUGAAAGCUGAUAUUGUGCGCAAGCUUAUCACGGAAAAAAUCCCUGUUCGACUUCUACUCCCACCUGUGUUGUCAAUGUACUCUGAUGCUAUUAAAUCUGGGGAGUCAAGUUUGUCUAUUGUUUUUGAAAUGCUGGGAAACUUGGUUGGUUCAAUGGAUAGAUCAUCAAUUGGCGUUUAUCAUGCAAAAGUUUUUGACUUGUGCCUGCUAGCUCUUGAUCUGCGUCAUCAGAAUCCUGAUUCAAUUCAGAAAAUUGAUGUUGUUGAACAGAAUGUCAUCAAUGCUGUUGUCACCCUGACAAUGAAACUCACAGAGACUAUGUUCAGGCCACUUUUCAUCAAGACUAUUGAAUGGUCUGGUUUGAAUGUGGAAGGUGAUGAGAAUUCCCCUGUAAAAGCUAAUAGUCGGGCCAUCUCUUUCUACAGCUUGGUUAAUAAACUUGCUGAAAGCCAUCGGUCGCUGUUUGUCCCAUACUUCAAGUACUUGCUUGAUGGCUGUGUCCGAGGUCUUGCUGGUACUGAAGAUAUAAAACCUGGUCUGACUCAGAAGAAAAAGAAGGCUAAGCUUAGCUAUAAUGCAAAGGACAGGGAUGAUGCAUUAUCACUUCAAGCGUGGCAUCUUCGGGCCUUAAUAUUGUCAUCUCUGCAUAAGUGUUUUCUCUAUGAUACUGGAAGUGCAAAGUUUCUUGAUUCUUCUAAUUUUCAGGUUCUUCUGAAACCCUUGGUGUCACAGCUUGUUAUGGAUCCCCCAGUGUCUAUUGAGAAUCAUCCAAAUGUACCAUCUGUGAAAGAAGUGGAUGAAUUGUUGGUCGCCUGUGUUGGUCAAAUGGCUGUUACUGCUGGUUCAGACCUGCUGUGGAAGCCACUGAAUCACGAGGUAUUGAUGCACACUCGUAGUGAGAAAGUGCGUGCCCGCAUCUUGGGUCUGAGAAUAGUCAAGUCUCUUCUAGAGAACUUGAAAGAAGAAUAUUUGGUACUUUUACCAGAAACUAUACCCUUCCUCGGUGAAUUGCUCGAGGACGCUGAGCUAUCUGUCAAGUCUCUUGCACAAGAGAUUCUCAAGGAAAUGGAAACUAUGAGUGGUGAAAGCCUCAGACAGUACCUCUGAUACUGCAUAAACCGGUAAUACUAGGUGUUUUAGUUCUAUGCAAUUGAGCUACUUGGAAGCGAUCCCCAUAUCCUCUCUGUAAAUAGGUGCCAACUUUGUUCAGAUUUUUUGCAGUUUGUAGGUUACCUGUGUACUUAGUAUUUACUCAAGAUGAGGAGGGUAUUUGUGUUCUAUUGAGGUAAACUUACAGUCUCCAGUGAGGAAUAUGUGCUUGGACCAUCUGGAGUUGGGCCAAUUUUGUUUCUAUAGUCAUACAGUAAGCUCAAAUUUUGUGCUCAGUGUUCAUAAUAAUGCCUUUUCUAAUUGACAAA